AUCGGUGACUUCAGCUAUUGGCUCAAAGCACUGGCUGUCUGACUCCAUCUGCAGGGCUGGAAUACCUACUCUCUUCGGAUCCAUUCAACACACAACUUCGGCCAGCCGAACAGACUAGCACUGCAACAGCACAUCUCGCUAACCUAAUUCCGAAAACAAGCGCCACGGCUUAAUGCGGGUCACCUUUGCACGGGGCGGGGGCUUUUUUCAGGUGCUCCAGGAAACCGAAAGAAGCUCUGGCAGGAAAAUCAAAUAGGGAGUCACGAUGGGGAUGUAUUUAACAAAGCAAGUGCUGGAUCAAACUUAGAGCCGGCCAGUUUUUCUUCUUCAACACAGUGAAAAGGUCACCUUGCCUAACUGGAAAGAGAAGCAAAAUCUCGGCUUUGCCUGUUUCCGUUAACGGUUUGCUCCGACUCUCUUUUUCCCAAUGCUGUUACCUUGUUAGGCUAUUCAGGCAGACACAGUACUCAUGGUAGAUGACAAGGGAAAGAACAUGAAAUGUCUCACCUUCUUCUUGAUGCUUCCAGAGACCGUCAAGAACAGGUCCAAGAAGAGCUCUAAGAAGGGAAAUAGCAGCAACAGCAGCAAGUUACCACCAGUUUGCUAUGAAAUCAUUACCUUGAAGACAAAAAAGAAGAAGAAGAUGGCUGCUGAUAUUUUUCCCCGGAAGAAGCCAGCCAACUCUAACACGACCACUGUCCAGCAAUAUCACCAGCAGAACCUCAAUAACAACAACACUCUCCCGGCCCCAAAUUGGCAAGGGCUUUAUCCCACCAUCAGAGAGAGAAAUGCGGUGAUGUUCAACAAUGACUUGAUGGCAGAUGUUCAUUUUGUGGUUGGGCCACCAGGUGGGACGCAGCGGUUGCCAGGACACAAAUAUGUUUUAGCAGUUGGGAGUUCUGUAUUCCAUGCAAUGUUUUACGGAGAGCUUGCUGAGGACAAAGAUGAAAUACGUAUACCAGAUGUCGAACCUGCUGCUUUUCUCGCUAUGCUGAAAUAUAUCUAUUGCGACGAAAUCGACCUGGCGGCCGACACGGUGUUAGCGACGCUGUAUGCCGCCAAAAAGUAUAUAGUCCCUCACCUUGCCCGCGCCUGUGUCAACUUUCUGGAGACCAGCCUGAGUGCCAAAAACGCCUGUGUGUUGCUCUCCCAAAGCUGCCUGUUCGAGGAGCCUGACCUGACCCAGCGUUGCUGGGAAGUGAUCGACGCGCAAGCCGAACUGGCUCUGAAAUCCGAGGGGUUCUGUGACAUAGAUUUCCAGACCCUAGAAAGCAUACUGCGCAGAGAGACUCUGAACGCCAAAGAAAUCGUGGUUUUCGAGGCCGCCCUCAGCUGGGCCGAAGUGGAGUGCCAGAGGCAAGAACUCGCCCUGAGCAUCGAGAAUAAGCGCAAGGUCCUGGGCAAAGCGCUCUACUUGAUACGCAUCCCUACGAUGGCCCUCGAUGAUUUUGCGAACGGGGCCGCCCAGUCCGGGGUCUUGACGCUCAACGAGACCAACGACAUCUUCCUCUGGUACACCGCCGCCAAGAAGCCGGAGUUGGAGUUCGUGAGCAACGCCCGGAAGGGCCUCGUCCCCCAGCGCUGUCACCGUUUCCAGUCCUGCGCCUACCGGAGCAACCAGUGGCGUUACCGGGGACGGUGCGACAGCAUUCAGUUUGCCGUCGAUAAGAGAGUCUUCAUUGCCGGCUUCGGGCUGUACGGAUCUAGCUGCGGCUCGGCCGAAUACAGCGCCAAGAUCGAACUCAAACGCCAGGGGGUCAUCCUGGGGCAGAACUUGAGCAAGUAUUUCUCCGACGGAUCCAGCAACACCUUCCCGGUGUGGUUCGAGUACCCGGUGCAGAUUGAGCCAGACACCUUUUACACAGCGAGUGUGAUCCUGGAUGGGAACGAACUGAGCUAUUUUGGACAGGAGGGAAUGACGGAAGUUCAGUGUGGUAAAGUGACUGUCCAGUUCCAGUGCUCUUCGGACAGUACUAACGGCACCGGCGUGCAGGGAGGACAGAUUCCAGAACUUAUAUUUUACGCCUGAAGACGCGUUUCCAAAAGAAAUGAAGUUCGAUUCAGAGCGCCUUGAUGCUUAGCUUAUCCGCAGAUGUGUGAGCAGUACAGGUAAUAUGUAAUCAAUGAAGCUGUGGGCAGUUUUCUCGUUUCUUUGCGCCUUUUAAUUUCAGAAAGGUUUAAAAGCGGUAUUCGCCUUUUAACUAGAUGCUCCAGUGCCAAGUUCUAAUUAAGGCUUGAUUUUAGGAGUCGUGCCUAUACGCGGAUUUUUCAUGUAUUUUUAUUUUUUUAUUUUUUUGCCAUUCCACAGCAAUUGUCCAGAGUUCUUGUGAAUUCCAUUUCUAAACGUUAAGUUUGAUUUUUAACCAGUAAGGAUACGGGCAUACUCGUACAGGUGACGGCGGAGGCGGGAUUUUGAAGCUAGGAAAGAAAGUUACAGUCCCGGGGAGUUCGGUAGACCGCUACACCUCACCGAAAGGAAAAGUGUGAAUUUUAGGGAACGAUUUCUGCGGUGUGAUGUGGUAGCCCCUUCCGGAUUAUAUAUCAUUCCUUUUUUGGCUCCGUUUCUGGCCCUUGCUCUGUAUGUCCCGAAAGAAGUAAUCGCAGCGGCGUUUACGACUUGAAAUCAAGAUGGCUUAUCCCCGAACCCUACUAGACCCGCUGUAGAAGAGGAAGCCGAGGGUGCUUUGAAAUCGCCUUCAGGGUGGGCCUAGAAUGGGUGAGAUGGUGGUGUCCCCCUUCAGAGACUCUGCCAUUUCAGUGCCCACGCGCAUCCUCUAAACUGUCUCCGCGGAGCCCCUCCUCCCAUUCUCUGGAGCGGGCAGAGGCCCGGAGAUUUUCAGCCACGGAGGCUGCCCCUCCAAGCGUGGCUCACCGGGUUCCUUCCCAAAAUGUCAGGGGCGAUGCUGCGGGUUUACACCCUGCCCUCCCCGAGGCUGGGGGUCGGAGAGGGGGACGCGCCCUCUCCCCCCAACCUUUUCCGAGUCUUCUCACGGUCAGCGUUGCCCUGAGCGAGAGAGACCGUGUGGGCUGGAGGCUGAAAGGUCAGAGCCGCCAAUUCUCCGGAGAGUCACGGUAAAAACACGGGAUCAGCCAAAAAUAUGGAUCCCCGGACUGUGAAACUUGCCGUGAAUAACUUCAGGUUCCGUUUUCUUUUUUAAAAAUCUUUCAGUAGCCGUACAAGCUUAUUAUAGCGUUGCGCGUUCUUUCAGAGAGGAGGGGGCCGCGCAGGCUUGUCACUCGAGAAGAAAGGCCAUUCUGGAAGGAGCGUCGGCAUAGGAGCCUAGUUGGAACGCACGGUUUUUGAGAGGGCCGCUCUCCUCGGUUGGCCCCUGGUACUCGUCUCGCAGCCACUCCGCCUGGUAGGCGCCGGCAGCAAUUUCCCACUGCUAUGUCGGUCCACGGCGGGGCGCGGACGGACCACGGGCCGGGACAGGCGUGGGCCCGGCCCCUCCGGGGGAGCCUCAGCCAAGGGGCGUUCCCGCCGCGCCACUUCCAGGUCUGCACCUCUGGGCCACUUCUCCGAAGUCCCAGGCUGCCGCCCCGGGACCCCCUACAUCCUGGCUCUCCCAGCAGAGGUACGGCCGGGCGGGGGAGAGAGAGAGAGAGAGAGAGAGAGAGAGAGAGCAGCGCGGGGCACGGGGGUAGGGGGCCGGACGCUGGCGUGGGACUCUGGAGCGGCAGCCCCGCAUUGGGAAGUGGUGCGAGAGUCCCAGGACCGGGCAUCAGCGCCCAGGAUCUAGCCAGAAGCUGCUGUCCCAGCCAGAAAGGCUUGGCCUGCCGAGCGGGCUACCCUCUAGCGCGUUUGCCAACCCCUGCGGGGAGGUGGUCGUUCUUCACGUUUCGAGGCGAAACGGGACCAGACCGAUAUUUGGAGGAAUGGCUGGAUGUUAAUCAUUUUCUGUAGCACAACGUGUAAAUGUAACGUAGCACUACUUUUACUCCUUGUUUUUUUCUUCGAUAUGCUUUAACCGUCCGCCUCCGUAUGUUAACGCUUAUCUAAUUAUUCCUUAAUCGUGAGGAUCGUGGCCCCUAGCCACCUGAAAGGUGCCAGCAUAGGUCUACAGGGUACAAAAUAUGGUCUAGAGUGAUGCAACUCCAUUUACACUUGGUAUCCAAAACUUCAGCUUCGAACGAGGGUCUUGCCUGUUCCGUGGAUAAUGUAAACAAUGAGCAUUUGUGGAAAGGGCAGGCGGGGAGUCUUCUUUUGACAAGAAAUGUUCUUUUGCUUAAUUGAAGUAAAAUAACGUGUAGCAAUUUAGUCCCUGGCACAUUAGUGGUGUUUAGUAGAUGGUAAUGAGAUGGUAAGUGUUCAAAAAUGCUUUAAGUGAGGAUUCUCUGGGGUGGCGGGGGAGGAGCAGAAGUCUAAUUGGAAAAGUAUUGUCCCUCUUUUUGUUGUGAUUGUUCUUGUUCACUGUCAGGCUUUCCUGGCUACUUUUCCCCUUCAUCCUCCUCCUCCGCCACAUCCCUUCCCGACCACCUCCCCCCGCCCCAAAAUAAACCACUUAAAAAACUUAACAGUUUAGUGAGCAGAUGGGGACGGACAGGUAGGACGCUGCUGAGAGUUUAACAGUUUCUCAUCUCGGAGCAGAAUUUGCACUUGGCAAUUGAUAAACUUUAGGCAGGCCGGUGGGAUGGAUGAUCCCGCCUUAAAAAUGGACCCCCAUCUUCCUUAACUCUGAUAUGGUAACUUAGUUUGACCGUUUGUCCAAUCAGUCAGUCGUGAAAUGAAAAUCCUUGUAGGGCAUUUUAUUAAAUGACUCUAUCUCCUGGUAAUUCAUCCAGUAGUAUUUAUUGAGCGCUUACUAUGUGCAGAGCACGGAACAACAUAGAAAUAGCCGGCCCAAUCGUGUAUCGUAUGAAUGCACUAUAUAAAUAUGACUAUGGUAAGCUAGUUUUAGGUGGAGACAUAAAGGGAAGAAUGAGUACUCUUCUGCCCAUUUAAUUGGCAAAUUGUAAAUCAGGAAUAUAUAUAUUAAUCGUGUUUUGCCUCCCUUACGUUAGCCAAGCGGAAUGGAAGGUGAGGGGUUGCUUUAACUUUUCUGAGUUUAUUCCUGGUGUGAUAGAGUAAAGCUGGAGGCCAUAUUUCUGACAAAACAGGGAACUCAAACUGGCAUAAAAACACAACUUCGGUAAAUAUUGAAAAUGCUGUAGAUGCUAUUUUUAAAUGUACUUGGGCAGUCUUUGUACUUCAUUGUUAAUUUAGGGGUUUAGAGGGAAACUCUGCUAGCAGUUCAAAUGUAACAUACUUCAAGCAUAUCUUCGAUAGUAUUUAAAUAGAUGUUCUAAUUUCUACAUAAUUAUUGCACUGAACUUUUUUUUGUUAUGCUAUGGUGUUGUAAUAGGUUCAGCUAAUUUCAGGUCGUCGUGUGCUUGAAUUUAGCAGGCUUACAGCAUUAUUUAUGAAGGACGGAUGUAUAAAUAUGAAGUACCUCAUGUUGAAUGUUAUUGUACUGUAUCUUUAAUGUAACAGUGCAGCUCUUGUUAGACACAUGAAUGUGUAUAAUGUUAAAUAUGAAUAAAAUAAAGCUGGUUCUUAGCCUUGCUUUAGUAUUUUUGUAGCUUCUUUGAAAUAAAUAGCAAAAAUUGAAUUUAA